AUGGCCAAAUCGACGCGUAUCUUCUGCAGUAUGGUUUUCAUCAUUGGCUUGCUAUCCUCUCCCGCGGAUUCAAAAAGAAACCGAAGUUCACAAGGCGCCAUUCCUCAUCCUGACAAAAGCAACCCAAACGAAUCGGAGCAGCAACCGCAGCCUCCGCAGGCGGGCUCCGGGUCUCGGCAGAGGCAGGGCUCAUCCUCACCGGCCGACGAGGUGCUGGAGUCCAGCCAGGAAGCUUUACAUGUGACGGAGCGCCAGUAUUUGAAACGGGACUGGUGCAAGACGCAGCCCCUCAAACAGACCAUCCACGAGGAGGGCUGCGUCAGUCGCACCAUCAUCAACCGCUUCUGUUACGGACAGUGCAACUCAUUCUACAUCCCCAGACAUAUCCGCAGGGAGGAGGGUGCCUUCCAGUCUUGUUCGUUUUGCAAGCCGAAGCGUUUUACCACCAUGACAUUUACUUUGAACUGUCCGGACCAGCAGCCACCCACAAAGAAGAAACGCAUCCAGCGCGUCAAACAAUGCCGCUGUAUAUCAAUAGAACUGGACUAG